UUUUCGCCAUGGUUGUGGAGACGCCCACUUCCAAUCCGCUGCCUCCUCCUCCGCGGCGCCGGAACGAUGGCGGAUCAUCGUCGCGCCAAGAGAAUCUCUCCAAUGCGGAUUUCCGGCGGAUGGUCAUGGAGACGCCGCGGCGAGCUCCACCGGAUGAGAGCUCCAAGGAUCAACGCCCUAAGAAGAAGAAUGCCGAUGAGAGCGCAAAGCGUCCUGCCCGAAAGUUUCGACCGCCCAAGCCCAAAGAAGAGGAGAAGAAACCGACCAAAGUCGACGAAGAGGAUGAUUUGCCAAAAUAUCGCGAUCGUGCUAAAGAGCGGCGCGAGGAUCAAAAUCCAGACUACGAACUUAUGGCUGCAGCGUCUGGAAUCAGCACCUUACACGCUGUAGCUCCUCCGGGAGCUGUCGACUUACAGGCAGCUGAAAUACAAAAGAAGAUAUCCAUAGCCAACAGCAAGUACCUUGGAGGUGAUGUCGAGCACACGCACCUGGUAAAGGGGCUAGACUACGCCCUCCUAAACAAAGUCCGGAGUGAGAUUGAUAAGAAACCCGAAGAGUUGGAGGAGCCUGAGGAAGAAAUAAGGGUCAGCAAGAGCGAGGACGAACCAAUCAAGUUCAAUACUCCAGUUGCCAGGGUGAUAUACAAAUGGUUGGUCAAGCCUCCAACGUUGAGCAAAACAAGCGACAUGUUUCUUCCGGGUCGGAUGGCCUACGCGUUCGACAUGGAAGAAAUGUCACACCAUAUCCCUACCACCGUGUACCGAAGCAAAGAUGACUGUCCUACACCCGAGGAGUUUGUGACUGUGGGAGUUGAUGUGGCUGUUUUAGACAGGAUAGCCAAAAUCAUGGCUUAUUUGAAGCUGGGAGCUUCCGGUAAGACCUCUAAGAAAAAGAGGAGAGAUAAGUCCGACACAAAAGGCACUGCAAAAGAAGCGGCGGCACUGGUAGCACCGAUUGACGUCAAACAACCAGAGACGCAUGAUGAUGAAGUAGUAAAGGACAGGCCUUCAGACACAGACGAUGCCGCCGUCGAAGAGGAAGCACCAAAGCCUCGAGUGGCUGAAGACGACAUAUUUGCAGACGCUGGCACAGACUACGUAGUAACUAUAGACGGCAGCCCUCGAUCCGAGGACAUGGAGGAGUCUCCACGACGGGAUGGAAAUGGUGGCGCUUCAUACUUUCAUGAGGAGCAAAGAUCACAUGAAGACUGGGAACAGGCUCCAAUGCAAGGUCCUGCGAUGCCUCAGUUCGGUAGUGAGUGGCAAGAUUACCUUCCUCCUCCUCCAGACGAUCCUUCUUAUGAAUACUACGCCAAUCAGCUUAGCGUGGAGGGAAAUGCAAGCGUUCCAGCAGCAGCCAUUGCUCCUGUUGCACCAAAGGAUCCUCUGUGCAUGACGCAGGAAGAGAAGGACAGAGGCAUGAGUUCGGUGUUCAAGCGCGACGAUCAAAGGCUCCGUCAGCGAAGGGAGCUUGAUUCUCGCGAGAAAGAUCCAAACUUUGUGUCAGAGAGCUACUCGGAGUGUUACCCAGGCUACCAGGAAUACAACAGAGAGAUAGUUGACAGCGAUGAAGACGCGGACCUCACGAAAAUGGACGUCGGUGGCAGGGCUAAAGGGCGAUUGCAUCGCUGGGACUUUGAGACAGAGGAAGAGUGGGGAAAAUACAACGACCAGAAAGAAGCCACUCCAAAAGCCGCUUAUCAGUUUGGUGUCAAGAUGCAAGAUGGGAGGAAGACGCGGAAGCAAAACAAGGAUCAGAAGCUCAACAACGAGCUACACAAGAUAACUCAGAUAAUGGAGAAGAAGAAGAGAGAAAAAGGGGGGUUGCAUGAAGACGGUGACAUUGUUGCCGAAGAAAGCAGCCAUCCUGGGAAGAGAAUAAGAACAUGAAUAUAAUCUAAAAACUAAACUUUUACAACAGAAGGCACAAGCAAAACAUUAGAAACGGGGCAAUAUCUCUUCGACAUAUAGAUUCAAGAUGAAUUUUUCAUAAGUUACAAGAUUGGAACUUUCAGCAAAAGAAAAGGACAGCGUACAAAAAGAUCAUCAAAAGGAUCCCUUGAACGAUCCUUCCCCAAUGUAUGGUCUUGACUGGCUCAUGGAUGAUUGAUUGAUUGACUGGUGGAAUUGGUUGACCUUUAUUCUUCUUUCUUGGGUGCCUUUUCCUCCUCUUUUUUUCCUUUGGAUCUUUGUUGCCAACAUCAUCGAUAUCUUCUUCAAGACCAUCCAAAGUCUCAAAUGGAUUUGCAUCCUUGUGCGAUUUUACCUGGCUUGCUUUGGAUUUGGUAGGCUCCCUGAAAUUUAUUAGAGGAAGGUAUGGAAUCCUGACCCUUUCAGGCUCUGGGAUCUCCCCCCAGCAGUAGUCGUGAUCCUCAGAUACCUCCUCCAUGUACCUGUCAUGCUUAGCCCUCCUCUGCUGCUCCAAAUGAAUUGUCCGUAGCUUCUCCUUAAUCGGAUCAAUAAUCCUUACAACCUC